GAUGGCGCUGGGCUGCCGAACAUCACGUGAUUCGGGCCUACCGCAAUAUCGCAGCGCUCUUUCGGUAUCUGUCUCGAUUUUCCUUUAGCACCUCGCCCAUGUCGGUGUCUUUCCUGCGGCCAUGGCGACCCGAGGGCGCGUUGCGAGAGAUCCGGGUCAACUUGCUGGAGUGCAAGGUCUGCUUCGAGGAGUUCGACGCUCGGCGGGAAGAGCGGAGGCCGCAGAACCUGUCGUGCGGCCACGUCCUGUGCGCGGAAUGCAUCGGGGCCCUGUCCCGCCCCCUCCCGGGGAAACUGGAGUGCCCCUUCUGCCGGCGGCUGUGCCCCGUCGACGCCACCUCCCACUGCCGGGCUCUUUGUGACCUGCAGGAGCUGCUCCUGCUCGAACCCGCGUCCCCCCACCUGGACAAAGAGGAAGUCGAAGAAAAUGCCUCGGGUGCGAGCGGGAAAGCCUUGCGCCUGACUUUGACCUUCGGCGGCUGGGGGACGCUGAUCAACCCGACUGGGUUGGCGGCCACGCCGUCCUCGGGGUCUGUGUUCGUGGUGCACGAUGGCGAGAAGAGGGUGGCGGUCUUCACCCCCCAGGGGAAGAAGCGGCACGCUUUCGGGGAAAGAGGAAAAGCCGGCGGGGAGCUUUGCCACCCGGCGGACGUGGCGGCGACCCCCUGCGGGCACCUGGUGGUGACCGACCCGGGAGAUCAAGCCGUCAAGGUGUUCACCUCCAGGGGAACCCACGUCGUCACGGUCAGGGGCGGCUUCUCCCUGCCGUGGGGGGUGGACACCGACGGCGGCGGGAACAUCCUGGUGUCGGACCUCCGGGCGGGGACGCUGUCCCGCGUGAGAGUGGACUACAAACAUGGCGUCGUGCUGGAGGAGGGGGCGGUGGUGGCGUCACACCUGGAGCGUCCGAAAGCGGUGGCGUGCUGCCGCGUGAACGGUUGCACGGCCGUGGUGGAGCACGCGAGCGGGGCGAGGAGGCAAAGUUACGCCAGGUUGACGGUCCUCGGGCCGGACUUCCGCGUCCUCUUUCAGACGGACGCUUUAAGUCUGAGCCUGAAGGCCUCGGUCAAGAUGGGCUUGUCCGCCGUGACGUUUGACGCAAACGGACACUUGCUUGUGGUCGACUCGCUUCAAGGGACCAUUUGGACUUUUGGGCACGUGCAAAGCGUUCCCGUCCUCGCUCCUCUUGUGGCGGAGCGCCUCAUUCGGCCCGUCGGACUGGUGUCACUUAACGACGCUCUCGUCGUUGUGGACGGUGGAGACCACACAGUCAAGAUCUACUCUUGAGAAGAUAUGAAAUUGCAGUCUUAUGUUAGUCUUCCAAAGAUAGAUUCAUCGUAGCAUAGCAAGCAAGCUACGUCACACGCAUGGUCAACGUCAAACGCGCAAGCUAACUGGUAGUCAUUGUCAAUAUUACGCGUAAGCUAACCAGCAGUCAUUGUCAACGUUACACGCAAGCUAACUGACAAUCAUUGUCAACGUUAUACGCUAGCUAACUGGCAGUCAUUGUCAACGUUACGCGCAAGCUAACUGAAAAUCAUUGUCAACGUUAUACGAUAGCGACCUGGCAGUCAUUAUCAACGUUACGUGCAAGCUAACUGGCAGUUAUUGUCAACGUUACGCGCAAGCUAACUGGCAGUUAUUGUCAACGUUACACGCAAGCUAACUGACAAUCAUUGUCAACGUCAUACACUAGCUAACUGGCAGUCAUUGUCAACGUUACGCGCAAGCUAACUGGCCGUUAUUGUCAACGUUACACGCAAGCUAACUGACAAUCAUUGUCAACGUUACGUGCAAGCUAACUGGCAGUUAUUGUCAACGUUACGCGCAAGCUAACUGGCAGUCAUUGUCAACAUUACACGCAAGCUAACUGGCUGUUAUUUUCAACAUUACACGCACGCUGAGGGCGUGUAGCUCCGUGGUGACAGCACUGGUUUGGUAAACCAGGGGUUGUGGGUUCGUAUCCCACUGGGGCCUCCAGUCCCUGAGAAGGGUUGCGUCAGGAAGGGCAUCCGGCGUAAAAAUUGUGCCAAACAUAUAUGUGCGUUCAUCUGAGAUGACACGCUGUGGCGACCCCUAAAGGGACAAGCCGAAAGAAACUUUACACGCAAGCUAACUGACAAUCAUUGUCAACGUUAUACGCUAGCUAACUGGCAGUCAUUGUCAACGUUACGCGCAAGCUAACUGGCAGUCAUUGUCAACGUUACGCGCAAGCUAACUGGCAGUCAUUGUCAACGUUACGCGCAAGCUAACUGGCAGUCAUUGUCAACGUUACGCGCAAGCUAACUGGCAGUCAUUGUCAACGUUACGCGCAAGCUAACUGGCAGUCAUUGUCAACGUUAUACACAAGCUAACUGGCAGGCGUUGUCAACGUUACGCGCAAGCUAACUGGCAGUUAUUGUCAACGUUACGCGCAAGCUAACUGGCAGUCAUUGUCAAUGUUACGCGCAAGCUAACUGACAAUCAUUGUCAACGUUACACGCUAGCUAACUGGUAGUCAUUGUCAACGUUAUGCGUAAGCUAACCAGCAGUCAUUGUCAACGUUACGUGCAAGCUAACUGGCAGUUAUUGUCAACGUUACGCGGAAGCUAACUGGCAGUCAUUGUCAACAUUACACGCAAGCUAACUGGCUGUUAUUUUCAACAUUACACGCACGCUGAGGGCGUGUAGCUCAGUGGUGACAGCACUGGUUUGGUAAACCAGGGGUUGUGGGUUCGUAUCCCACUGGGGCCUCCAGUCCCUGAGAAGGGUUGCGUCAGGAAGGGCAUCCGGCGUAAAAAUUGUGCCAAACAUAUAUGUGCGUUCAUCUGAGAUGACACGCUGUGGCGACCCCUAAAGGGACAAGCCGAAAGAAACUUUACACGCAAGCUAACUGACAAUCAUUGUCAACGUUAUACGCUAGCUAACUGGCAGUCAUUGUCAACGUUACGCGCAAGCUAACUGGCAGUCAUUGUCAACGUUACGCGCAAGCUAACUGGCAGUCAUUGUCAACGUUACGCGCAAGCUAACUGGCAGUCAUUGUCAACGUUACGCGCAAGCUAACUGGCAGUCAUUGUCAACGUUACGCGCAAGCUAACUGGCAGUCAUUGUCAACGUUAUACACAAGCUAACUGGCAGGCGUUGUCAACGUUACGCGCAAGCUAACUGGCAGUCAUUGUCAACGUUACGCGCAAGCUAACUGGCAGUCAUUGUCAAUGUUAUACACAAGCUAACUGGCAGGCAUUGUCAGCAUUACACGCAAGCUAACUGGCAGUGAUUGUCAACGUUACGCGGAAGUUCCGCCAUCUUUCUUGACCUUUUGGUUUUCUUGCUUUUCACACACGGAACGGGCUGACAACUGCCCCUACUAUCAAAGGCGUAUUUAUUUCGUCUUAUCUACGGUUAAAUAGACGGCUGGAUGGGGAGAUCAUCCACCUCUUAUCACCACUAUUAUGUUGCAAUACUGGAAACCAUCAAUUAAAAACUCACAAUGCAAAAGUAUGCAACUGUACCAUGCACUUCAAAAAUGAAAAAUCUAUAAAUCUGAUAACAUUGCCAAGAAUGUUUAAAAAAUGCUAUAUUCACCAAAAUUAAAAGAAUUGAUUUGUGACGUGCCAAUUACAAAAAGAUUCCCGGUGAUUGGUCGUCUUGCUUCUGAUGUUCAAAAACUCUUUGUCAUCUCCAAACACACAUAAAGGUUGAAUUUGU